AUGGCAGAUGCCGGGACUCGGAGAACUCCGGUAGCAACGAAUUGGGCAAAGAAUUUCAACAUGGAAAACGUGUCAAAGAGACUCAAUAUUAACUCAGAAAAAGACUCUCAACAUCUUUUACUUCGAAAUAUCAGAGCAUUACCAGAGCGAGAGCUGCUAUCACCCAGCACAAUGACUUCUGCGUCAACACAGCUACCACUCAUGUCUAGGAGAGACUCAGAAACGAAUAGCAUGACAAGAAACAACGUCUGGAUUGCAAGAACAGUACGAGCUGCCAUGGCUGGUGUUUUGUCUAAGCCAUGA